AUGGAGGGUAUGCCACGUGUACCGAUGCUUACGCCAGAUUUAAAAUUUUGUAUGGCGUCAUUACCUGCUGAUUUUUCAUCACAAAUUAAAGAAUAUAUUCUGUUGCAUUAUCAGGAUGAUCCAACUAAGUAUGAUAGUGCUAUUGGGGAGAUCGAAAAUAUGCGUUCGAAAUUAAAUCGACUUUUGCCCGAUUCGGAAACGUUAAACACAUUGAAGCGGUAUUACUCACAGUUGUGCUUGAUGAAGAAUAGAUUCCCAAUGGAAAAAGGAGAUGCUAUCAACGUAUCCUUCUCCUGGAUGGACAAAAAUAGUGACACAUCAAAUGCAACUGUCUUCGAAGAUAUCAAUUAUGAGCUUGCUUGUGUGAUGUACAGUAUUGGUGCCAUACAUGGAGCGAUCGCUGCUAACGAAGCACGCACUGACCUAGACUCAAUUAAGAACGCCUUCAUGCAUUUCCAAUGCGCUGCAUAUCCUUUCGAACAAAUACGAGACUCGAUGAAUGCCGUCAAAUAUUCCGUUAUCGAUUUCGAUCCUUCCAUUUUAACGUUUUAUGUCACUAUACUGUUGGCACAAGCACAAGAAUGUUUACUGGAAAAGAGCAUUAUUGAUCAUCGCAAGAAUACAGUGAUAGCGAAACUAGCUGUACAUCUGAGAGAUGUAUAUAUGCAGUGUCGUGGACAUUUUGAUUUCGCUGGCUUAAGCGAUGUCUUGUCUUCGAGGUACAAGGAAUGGUUGAGAACAUGCAUUGUAAAAUCGGAAAUGUACGGGGCAAUUGCAAUGCUGCAUCUUGGCUUGCAGGCAGAAGAUGAUAACAAAAUGGGUUUUAGGGUUUCUUAUUUCGAUCGUGCAUUGGAACAUGUUAUUGCAGCUGUGAAACAGGUCGAGAAGGAUAAGCGAGAAAGUUUGAAAGAAGCUGUCGUUUUCUUGAACGAUGUCAUCCUCGGAAAACAACGAAAUGCAAAGAAAGAAAACGAUUUUAUUUAUCAUGACCGAAUGCCGAAACCAGAAGAAUUAUUGCUUGUAGAAGGUGUUAAUAUGGUAAAAGCAGUCGGAUUCGACCCAACCGACAAAUCGAUCUCCGGUCCAGAUCUUUUCGCUGCAUUGCUACCAGGAAAUGUACUCAAGUCGCUUUCUGUUUAUAGUGAAGAGAAAGCAAAGUUCAAACGUGCAUUGUUAGAAAAAAUUGAAGAAAAGGAUAAGGAAUUAGAAGACUAUAUUAAAUCUUUGCAACUGGAAGAAAUUAAUUUUGGUGAUGAUUCGAAAAUGGAGGAAUUUCCGGAAAUGUUGUUAGAAAGAAGUGCUGCAUUUAAUUCACAACCAGAUGCCUUUCCUGAACUACUGGACAAAUUGCAUCGAGUUGGAGAAUAUGCAAUAGAAGCGGAUCACAAAAUCAGCAAUCUGCGUAAUAGGCUGGAUGCUAUUAACUCACUUCACCUGAGAGCUGACGAAGGUUUCAUCGCUAUCAUGAAAGAACUUAAUCGCGUCAAUGAUCAUCAUAUGAAAGCGCGGACGAACAAUGCAGAACUACAACGUGCAUUAGCUGCUCAUUCCGAAAGUCUAAAAAUUCUGGCGAUGCCUUUGAACGAAUUACGAAAACGACUAACAGAUACUCAGACAAAACCAGCAGAUAGCACGGAAGGACUAUUGCUGAAAAAGAUGCUGGAUAAGGCGAAUGAAAUGAGCAGUCAGCGACGUACUCUACUUUCGAAAUUAAACGAAGAUUUGCUAAAUGAUGAUAUUACUGCAAAAUGUCUGGCAGAGAAGAAUGAAGAUAAUUGGGGAUUGUAUGAAAACGAGCUAAAGAAGCAUGAGGAGACCACUACAUUGAUUCAUAUGAAUCUUGCUGCGCAAAAUAAUAUACUCAGUGCAUUGACAGAUGCGAAUGCGAGUUUUGGUGAUUAUCGUAAAAAAAUUAUGGAAGAAAAUAAAAAUCGUAUGGACCAGGUACUUGCUCUUACUGCAGCUUAUGAUGUGUACGUUGAUGUUUCGCAGAAGACAGAAGAAGGCUUAAAUUUUUAUUCAACAUUAUUUUCGAUGGUGAAAGGUUUGGGAGAGGCUGUUGAAGCAAUCGAAUCUGCUUUUGAAGAAGAAAAGAAUGAAAAGGAAAAAGAAAUGCUGCGAGGAUUGGAAGAGCGUGCAACUGCUGCUGCUCAAAACAUUAAAAAGGAGGAAGGACGUAUUUCGCUAGGUUUUGGAAAUAUAAGGAAUGGAAAUACAUUAGAAUUAGGUUAUAGUGGACUGAGGUUGAAAGACUGCUUGGAGUACUACCGAAAUAACAUUGCUAAGGGGGCAAUGGACACCCAACCAACAUGUCUCCCCUAUAGCACGGGACAGUCUCAUCCUAUUGAUAUGCCAUCUUUACCGCGCAGAGAUGAGAUACCAUCUAACCAAACCAUGCCCACAUCUGAUACUGUUCAGUUUUCGGAGUAUCAGGGUUUGUUAUCGUUGCGGUCUCAUUUUCCACCUAUGUCUAAUCAGUCUAUACCAAAUACUUCAUUGAGCAAUACCGCAAAAGAGAUCCCGCAACCAUACAUGUUUUCUGGUAAUAUGGCAUUACCGCCGCAUUCCUUACAAACAUCAAAACCAUUAUUAGCUUCUCAAUCACAAACCAUUGCGUCCUUAGCACCACAGCAUGUAUUCCUACCACAUCAUUUUUCCGCAAAUCAGAGUACUUUCGCUUCUCAAAAUCAGAAUACGAUACACACAAAUUUAACAGUUGCUAACACCCAGCAAGUUAACACUCCUCUUCCACCACCGACUUCUCUCACUCAUGGUAUUUCUCAACCAAUUUCGGUUACCGUUACAACGGACUCACUUAAAGGACCGUCAGUGACAACACCGCGAAAUAUUGUUGCUCCUUCAUCGACCACGCUGUCCAUGUCAGCUCCCGUGAAUUAUGUACCUUUUGCAUCGAAUCCAGCACUAUUGGAGCAACCAGCUUUAACAGCACGGUCAGGAGCAGAUAUGAAUACUAUCGCAGCAGUUGAGGUCAGGAAGGCAGUUGAUGGAACUAUCAUACAUCCUCAAGUCUAUACUUCUCCAUUUGCACCAACUAAAAUGCAUUCCAAUUUUGCUCGGAGCAUAAUACCAACUAGCACCAUAUCGGCAUUAACCAAGCCAGCCAUCAUUCCUGCCCAUCAUCUCAUUUAUCCCCAAGAUGCCACAUUUCAUACAGCAGUGUCACCUUGGCAUCAACCUCUCAGGAGCGUUAAUAAUAUGAAUGGACUAGCAACUGUUGGCAGCACAAGAGUGGCCUGCACUUCAGCACCAACUGCAGCUUUUCAGUCAUUUGUUCCAAAUAACCGAGCUACACCGACAAAAAGUAUUCCAGUUGUGGAUAUAAUGAAUGCACCGUUAGAUGUAGUGCUACCAACACCUCUGACUCCUACUCAUUUAACCAGUGAAGUUGAGAGCAACGAUUCAAGUGUACAAAUGAUUACGAUGAAUUCGGCGCCAUCCACUGAGUCAACAAAAAAGGAAGAAAUGAACUUGGUGCAGACGCCACCAUUGUCAGAAGGCGCAGGAUCGGUUAGCUCCAGUGUUGUGCCGACACUACGACCUGCUGCUGCAGUAGCACCUAUUAUGCAGACUGAUUGCAGUAUCACAUCAGUAAGCGAUUCCACACUUUCCAUCACAAAUGUUACUUCAAUGAGCUAUUCCGCUCCAUUACCUCAACCAAAGACAACGACACUAUGUACUUGGCCAUGUACAAAAAAGAAAAUAGUACCGGUAAUGAAGAAGGAUGUAAUAGUAGUGUGAAGGAAAUAAUGGACCCUCAGACUUUCACUAUUGGAAAUACUGAUCCUAUCCGCCUGGAAAAACGUUAUAUGCGAGAACGGUUCAAAACAGAAGGUACUGGCGCCCAUUUGCCACCUCUGGAUCCUGCAGAUCCUAUCAAUUGUAUAGACGCCCAUUACUGGCUUAAUAAGCCAUAAUUUCACGAUCAUCAAACAUCAGUUGCUGUGAAACGACCGGUUCUAAAGGAAUGGUAUUGGAGUCUGGUGUGUUGGAGUCUUCUUUAUAAUUAUUCUCCUUCACGCUCCAUAGCUCAUUUAAAUUUCAUUCCCUACACAGACCCAUUGUUCAAUUACAGUGUUGCCUUUUUUCUAUAUUAAGAUCAUUAUAAGAUGGCUAAAUAUAUGUGGAUGUGAGCGACCAUUUAUUUUGCAAUUUUCUUUUAUUGCGAUGUAGCGGAUUGUUUGAACAGAAAAUUUAAUUUACCCUCUAUAUAUUAUGUCCUCUACGACCUUUCCUCGCUGUCUUUUGACAUGUCCUUUCCAGCUUCUGCAUUACUCGCUUUACUUCCUUACUGUGAUAUAUCUUUCGCUAUACCAUGUAAUUCUCUUCUGUACAAAUAGUUUUGUCCCGUGAGGUGUAUUCUUC